CCGCGCUAUGAUCAGCUCUCCUGUAAUAUAACCUCUCUUUGAAUCUGUCAUUGUGUGUGAGCUCCUUCGUAUCGUAGGCAGUACUGUUAUCAUCCAACGUGUUCCCUUGUCACGUUAUCAGUUAAUUUUGUUGUUAUUCUGUAAAAUUUUUGUUGCUAUCCUGUGUUCUGUGUGCAGUUAUACUGUUAUCCUUGUGCUGCUAUCCCGUUGUCUGUGUCCGUGUUUGUGUGUCCUGUAAGCUGUGCGUGUUGGUUCUUGUACAGCAGUGCAACUGGAUUAGGCUCUCGCAAGUAGUUUUUCGUUUAAAGAUCAACAUGACCUUCCUCAGUACGUCAUGGGUUGACACGAACAUCAAAUACAUGCUGCAAAUGCAUUACCUAGUUAAAGCACAUUCGUGGCUGAAGGAGACAAAUGAUAAACACUUAGAUGUGAUACUAGAGCACGGGCUCUGUGCGGAUGCAGCUGGCAAGAAAUAUAUAGAUAAAGAACUCAGGCGCCAACUGCUCAGAGGAUAUUUUGAGUCCGUUGGUGGCCUUCAAUCCUUUAAAGAUCUGGCACCAUGCCUUAUAAAUGGCCCGUUGUGCACUGUUGCGUAUCUAAAGAAAACAAAAAAUGACGGGACCCCUGAAUCGGCGAAAGCAUCAACUUUGGAUUGGUUGAUGACGGCCAAACAAAAAAACCCGCAUUCCAAGUUCAAUCAGAUACCUUGCAUUUAUAUUUGCGAGAAUGAACUCAGCUUGAAAAGCAAAGAAGCAUCAGACUCACUAAGGUGUUUCACUUCCAAAACACAGCUGUCACAAAAUAUUGCGGACUGCAUUUGGAACCUGUAUGAAGUCCUUGACUCGUACAUCGUCAUUAAUGAGUCUGAUUUGACUGUAAAAGAAGCGGAAACGACCCCUGCAUUAGUUAAGGAAAAGAUAUGUCCAACAAUUGGUGUCAUCCGACAACAGCUGAUCACAUAUGUAUCGUCUCACCGGCAAAAGGUUAUGUCUGCGUCUUCCUCCAACAGCAAAUCUACCAAGCACAAGUCAAGGUCACGUCACGACUCUAAAGAUAAGUCUGCGACUCGAUCGAAGAGGAAGCGGUCGACAUCGUCAAGUGGAAACUUAACGUCUUCGGAAUCGUCUCCCGAGAUAAGUGCGUCUAUUAUUGACAAAGUAACAAUGGGGCUCUAUGAUAGCAUGAACAAAACCUACCACCGGGUAUUAGACCGACUCCGACGAGACAUAGACGAGGAUCUAAUUGCAGAGCUGCACAAAAAAGCUAUAGCUUUUAGUGAGGCUGUUGGGAUUGUUUUGGAAGAAUGUCGGAACGCUGGAGUGGAGGAUCAAAACAAGAAGCGACGAUUGCCAUCGUGUUCCGAACAGGGGCCGAUUGAGGUGUGUGGGGCCUGUACGCUGAAAUAUGGUGGAUGCCCUCGAUAAGGGGAGCGAAACAGUGUUGUUUACAAGAUAAACAAAUAAGUUUGAAAUUUAUUGGUCUCAACGAAGAAAGCCGUAAUACCAAAAGAUUAGUUGUACUCAUUAAAUUACCGUGGCAUGAAAUAGAAGGAUCCAAUGAUUAUUUUCGGCUCCAAAAUGGAUCAAGGUGAAAAGAAAAUGGAAAAAUUUAAGUGUACACGACAUUGUUGAUUCAAAUUGCAUAAAAUUUUAAUUUUUCG